AUGCCCUUGAAAGAACGCACGAUGAAGCAUCUUCUGAAUGCCGGUUGGCCCGAGUACAAGGGCACCGCUCGUGUGCAAUAUGACUUGAUCAGUUUUCAUUCAAAGAAAAGAAAGUUCUUGCUUAGGCGAGAUGUGGAAUUCUGGGAAGAGAAACUGGCACAACUCAAAGGUGACCAGGACCAAGUCGUAUAUGCGCCUAUUGUUAUGGUCUCCCAAGAAGCGCUCCAGAAAGCAGAGAAACAAAUUCCCAGCCAAUAUAAUAGCCAGGAGAUACCAACUUUAGUAUUUCAAGAGGGUGAACUGUUAUGCCUGGACGGCCACUCCCGCAUCGAGGCGGCCAAGAAUUCGAUUCUACUGCAAGGCUCUACCGGUUUUGGGAUUGUACACAUUGUCCUUGAUGAUAUUGAUGGAGCAAAAAUGAAUGCGAUAUUACGGGGGUCUUGUCACCAGAUCACGCCGAGCGCCGGCAGGCUUUACCCUGCGAUCCGCGAAUCAGAAAACCUUGCUGGAAGGGAAGAAAAUAGAAGGCUAAAAAGCCUUCUCAGCGUUGGUGACAGUCGGAAUCUGACCACGCUCUCGAAUUGCUCCAGGCUUUCCGACGCAUUUGACCAAGUGUUACUGCCGUUCCCAGCGAUGGCGUAUGCGUUCCCACUGGGCAGCUUCAAAACAUACCACGCGACGCUAUGUGAAGUAUCAAUCGAGAAAUACCUGGUGGGUUAUAUUUUCGGCUUUUGGAGCGAAGUGGUGAUGCAAACACGAAAUCAGGUGAAUGAUUUGGAAACUUUUCAGUUAAGUGACAUUCCAUCUGAACUAUUCGAUAAGCUACAGGGCUUGAUGCCUGGAGUAUCAGAAGAUGAUUGUGGGGAAAUCCACCGUUUUUUUUCUCACACGACAGUCCUCGAAGGAUUCAGCAAAGCGUGCCGAAUCGGUUUGGAGAACAGUAUUCUGAAAUUCAAUGGCAUGAUCCCAUCGAUGAGAUUAUUCGGGGCGCACAUGGUCUUCCUGGAAAACAUUUCGAUUUGGUUUUCCUCGGACCUGAUAGAGUUUCGCUCAGCUGAUUAUAUGUCCUGCCAUGAGGAUCGGAGUGUGACGUUACACCCGUCCGAUUGGACAGACUUCCCCAAUGUCAAAGUGAAGCAGCGACUAGGGCAAAAGGGAAAUCGAUGGUCCGAGAAGUCAAACAGCGCAAGGAAAUAUUUGUUUUUUGACAUUGCUGAGACAGUUGGGACUGAAGUAGCGCAACAGGUUCAAAAGCAGAAAGACGUUACAACGCUAGUGGAGUUGGCAUGUAUAUACCGCGCCUUUUUCGGGGAUCCUUUCUUCCCGUCUGCUUAUGCCAAGCUCCCACACGCGAGCGAAGCCACCUGUCUCAGCUCCCCGACAUCAACAUAUCCUGAAGGCAGUUAUUUGUCUCUGUCGAGUUUAGCACCCCAUGGAAAAGGCGAUGGUGAAAUUGAUUCGCUCUCCUACGAUGAUUGGCGCGAGCCGGACCACGUUUUACCGUCGGAACCAUUUGAGCAAUUAAAAGAGGCAUAUACUCAAACGGCCAGAGAUACCAGCAAGCAACCCUGUGGGCUUAUUGAAAACAAUGACCAUGCAUAUGAAAGCUCUACAAGUGGUUACUCUAGCUGUGUGGAGUGCGAGGUAGGAGGACGCCAUCUCAAUGAAAGUUCUACAAGUGGUUACUCUAGCUGUGUGGAGUGCGAGGUAGGAGGACGCCAUCUCAAUGAAAGUUCUACAAGUGGUUACUCUAGCUGUGUGGAGUGCGAGGUAGGAGGACGCCAUCCCGAUGGAAGCUCUCCGUUGAACCGAGGGGUUCCUAUGACGCCUUAUGUAGGGGGGAACACUCCUAUUCCGCGUCUAGAUUCCAGCUCGAUCGAGAAUUUGGACCAUAAUUGGGACGGGAACAAUACGUUGGCUCCGCUUAGUCUUCUGCUAACAGCAAAAGACGCUUGUGCUAGUUCCCAAAGUUCGCGAGGUCUCACUGACCAGAACCCUAAGUAUAUCCGACCGCUGAACUCAGCCACAGAUUCUAAAGGCCGGGUCAUAGCCGACAAUAAAAGGACACACGGCAGAAUUAAUGUGAAUGACGAUUAUGGCCGCACAGAGACCAUCGUCACCAGCAGUCCAACAUCUUUGCCCCUUCAGCCCGCAAAAGUACGGACCAGGCUGGAUCGUCAGCCUGCAGCAGAUAAGCCAAUAGAUGAGACGGCAGACAAAGACAGGCUAAAAGCUCAAGUAGUUGGUGGGCAAACCUUUUGCGCACUAGAUCAAGCAGGCGAGGCGGGACAGAGACAGCAAAUGUAUCUCCAAGGAAGAAAAGAAGGACGUGAGAGCGAAGAGGAGAAGCCGCCAUCUCAAUGUGACCUUAACAAGGGCAUACCAACGGGAAGUCCCGUUCUGUCCCUACAGCUUGGGGACGAUGAACAUUAUCAAAGGAGCAUGAGCCUUUUUUCAGCGGAGUCCUACAAUGACGAGGACGAGGGGCAAAUAUUUGAUACAAAUGUCGUCAGUUCUCCAGUCAAUCCUGGAGAGCUACAGCGCGAAAAAGAGUUUGAAGGAGAAGGUAGGCUACUAAGCACAGGAACAUUACCUCACAAUGCUCUCAGACAGGCGGGCACAAAGGCAGACACAACUCAGACAAGUACACAUGAUCCAGGGCGGGCCCCGCCAGCAAGAGAGAGGCCUUUGACUGCAGAGACAUCGCACAUCACCCCCGUGAGAUCCCAAACCGUUCCACCGAGGCAAGAGCAAGCAAAAGGCGCACAGGCACUUGAUCCAGUCUCCAGUUCCAAUCCUGUAUUUUGCAAUAUCUCCCCGAGGACGCGGACGCGGAGCCGAGGAAACAUGGAGAAUACCCUGGUAUCACCGGGACUUGUAGGGGCGGGUAACGAGAGAUCGCUGCAGGCUCCGCAACAGAAGAAUCACUUCAAUAACACAAAGCUUAACGAGCAACCUCAUACCAAGACUACAGUUAAGCGUUUGCCGCAAGGGCAGCUUGCCCAGGAUGGGUCAUUACGACAAACUCAAGUGCCCCAGCCAGGGCGUCAGGUAGACGGGAUGGAAGCGACGACCCAUACCAAGUGGCAGCAACCAUCUGUUGAAGACUUGGAUGAAGCAGGUAGUGAAUGCAUCAAGACUCCCGUGGAUGGUUUGGUCGGUAACUCGCCCAAAUCGGUUUCUUUCGACAUAUAUGCUGAGCCAGCUGUUCCCACAACCCCUCAAUUUGCAGAGAAAGCACAGUCAAAUGGCGCAUCAAGAGGCAAUAGAAUGUCCACGUGUCCUAGUAUAAGACGCUCGGUUACUGGCCUUGCGGCACUAGAGAAGAACGGCUCUCCUACUAUCGCCGCAGAUAAAUGGUGUCUGGAAGAGCACAUUGCUUCUCGGAUGGCUCACAGUAACGGCACGAAACGUCGAAAGUCAAGAUCAAAACAUUACGGAAUGAACAAAAGACCUUGUAUCGAACUUUCUGUUGCGGGUCGUUUAGGCAAAAAGCCAACCAAAAUAAUGAUACGACAAAGAAGGGCACGAGCCGAGGCCGAAGGCAAUCAAUUAUACGGGUCGAGAGCCUUGGCUACUGCUGAGGAAAUGGUUAGGUUUUCCAAAGAGUCAAUAGUUUUACAAAGUGAGAAGACUUGGACCGAGCCCGUUUCUCAGCUGCCUCUGAGAACUGGUCCAGUUCAAAAGUCCGUUGAGACAGCAGCAACCUCCCAAGAGCCAAAUAAGGUUCAUGGGAAGCGGUGGAAACCGAGAAGGUCGAAAUUCGAGACGAACAAACGGCCCUGCAUAGAGCUCCCUGCGGUACGGCACUUGGGCGAACUAUCAGAAAGUGUGAGUCGGACUGGAUUAGGCAGAGGCCAAAUCUACGGGCUGCAGGCAGAGGCUGCUACUGAGGAGAUGACCGCCUUUCUUGAAAGGUCAAAAAGAUCAAAACUGCCACAGGCUGAGAACAACUCGGCCGAGCCCCUUCCUCGGCAAUGUAGAAAUUCUUCAGAAUUCCCGACAACUGGACCUCUUCGAGAAUCCGUUGAGACAUCAGCAGCCUCUCAAGAGCCUAAUAAGGUCUAUGGGAACCGGUGGAAAUCAAGAAGAUCGAAAUUCGAGACGAACAAACGGCCCUGCAUAGAGCUCCCUGCGGUACGGCACUUGGGCAAACUACCAGAAAGUGUGAGUCGGACUGGAUUAGGCAGAGGCCAAAUCUACGGGCUGCAGGCAGAGGCUGCUACUGAGAAGAUGACCUCUUUUCUUGAAUGUUCAAAAAGGCCGAAGGUGCCACAGAGUGAGAACAAGACGACCGAGCCCGUUUCUCAGCAAUGCAGGAACCGUACGGUGCCCCCAAGAACUGGACCCGUUCGAGAACCCGUUGAGACCCCGUCGGUUUCCGAAUCUCUCGGCAAGGGCCAUGAAAAGCGACGGAAUACGGGUAUAUCGGAAUAUACGACGAACAAAAGGCCCUGUAUAGAGUACCCAGUGCCGCGGCCGGUGGACGCAAUUUCAGCCAGGGCAUCUCAGCGGCCGGUAAGGGAGCAAGCGAGUUCUUCGGGAAAGGGCCUAGUCUACGGGCUACAAGCAGUGGCCGCUACUGAGAAGAUGACCGCCUUUCUCAAAAGGUCGAGGGUGCCACAGAGUAAGAACAACUCGACCGAGCCCGUUUCUCAGCAAUGCAGGAACCGUAUGGAGCCCUCAAGAACUGGACCCAUUCAGAAACCGUUCCCAGCACGGGGGCAAUACAAAGAUGCUGGGAAACGAGGGAAAUCGAGAGAACCGGAUCUCAAGAUAAAUAAACGGCCCUGUAUAGAGUACCCAGUGCCGCGGCCGGUGGACGCAACUUCAGCCAAGACAUUUCAGCGGCCAGUAAGGAAGCAAGCGAGUUCUUCGGGAAAGGGUCUAGUCUACGGGCUACAAGCAGUGGCCGCUACUGAGAAGAUGACCGCCUUUCUCAAAAGGUCGAGGGUGCCGCAGAGUGAGAAAGACUCGAUCGACUCCGUUUCUCAGCAAUUCAGGGCCCAUACAGAGCUCCCGAGAACUAGACCGAGUCCAGAACACGCCGAGAGAACGAACAGUCCCCAAAACAGUUCCAAAAAGUACUCAGCCGUCGUCAAUGACCAACUAGAUCUGGUGACACCCCCGCCACACCAAGCACCCAACGCCGAGUCAAUGGCCUCAGCGUUGCCACAACAAAGGCCAGAGUGCUCUCAACUGGGCCAGCAUAGGCACGAUUCUAGCUCAACCGGACGAUCCACGCAUGUGGGCUCUCGACAAGGAGCAAAUGGCAGUCCAGGGGCUCUGUCCAAUCCUAAAGCCUUGAAAAAUGAAGGCAACGCCCUCGAACCGAAUACUAAGACAACGAGAUUUUCUGAUACCCCACAUACGGGCACAUCGAAGGGCAUAAGGAGCCAUGCUAUGCAUAGCCUCCCAGAUGGUGGGCCAGAUAACGCUCGACUGCAACCUUCCCCCCGACGGGCCUCGCCAAAAGCCUCACGGGGCAGGGCGAGGGCAAUGGCACAAAUAAAGAAAACGAAGAAAUAUCCAAAGAAAGCCGAUUAUGCCCAUUGGAUUAAUACAUUCGCCUUCAUUGUAGAGCUCAAAGGUGAACAGGUAACGAGUGUCCACCAUCGAGCGAAAGAGAGUGUCAAACCAUUCCUAGAACGGCAUUUUCGGCAACAAAGCAAGGCCGGCAAUUUUUUCGACAAAAGUCUACGGAUCGUUGAACUAGACCCAAGUGUGAACGGAGCGACUCAGAUGGACCGGUUUUUCCAGACAGAAGAUACAUUAGUGUUCCAACACACUCAGGACGAAGCUAACCCAACGAAACUAGUAAGGGCGAUCAAUCGGGCGCUUCAGUCAAAGAAGAAAGAGAUGUUAUCGUUAGUGGCUGCAAAGCAUACAUACUACCUCAGGUCCAAAAAACGAUGA